UUAUCCGACUCUGGGGAUAGAAGCAAGAAUGCUGGGAAUGCUUUCUACUAUGAAAUAAGGCAAUUAUGCUCAUAUCUUUUGGAUUUAAAGCGUGCUUCAGCUGAGGAAAUGCGUAGAAGUGUCUAUGCUAACUACACAGCAUUCAUUCGCACAUCAAAAGAGAUAUCAGAUUUAGAGGGGGAGCUUUCGUCAAUGAGAAAUCUGCUAUCUACUCAGGCAACUUUGAUUCAUGGUUUAGCAGAGGGGGUUCAUGUUGAUUCACUGUCUACCUGUGUUCCUGAUAGUUCUAUUGCUGAUGAAUUGUCUAAUUAUGAACUGAAAGAACCUUCAGAUCUAGAGAAGCGGUUGAAGGAGUUUCCUGAUUUACUUGAUGUUCUGUUAGCUGAGAGGAGAGUGGAAGAAGCUCUUGAAACCCUUGAUGAAGGGGAACACAUAGUUUCUGAAGCAAAAGAAAAGAAAUCAUUGAGUCCAACUGUACUUUUGUCGCUGCAAACUGCUAUUAUUGAACAUAGACAAAAGUUAGCAGAUCAGCUUGCUGAAGCCGCUUGCCAACCUUCUACACGUGCAGUGAGCUACGUGCUGCUAUUUCAGCCCUUAAAAAGCUUGGGGAUGGCCCUCGUGCUCAUAUAUAACAUGCAAAGCCUUCGUCCCUCGAGCACCUCAUAUGGAGGCGCAUAUACUGCUGCACUUUCACAGCUUGUGUUCUCUGCCAUUGCUCAAGCAGCCAGUGAUUCUUCUGCUAUAUUUGGUAAAGAGCCAGCCUACACUUCUGAGCUUGUGAUGUGGGCAACAAAGCAAAUUGAGGCUUUUGCUCUCCUAGUAAAAAGACAUGCAUUAGCUUCAUCUGCAGCUGCUGGAGGUUUAAGGGCUGCAGCUGAGUGUGUGCAAAUAGCUUUGGGUCAUUGUACCUUGCUGGAAGCUCGUGGCUUGGCACUCUGCCCUGUGCUUCUGAAACUCUUCAGACCUAGUGUUGAACAAGCACUAGAUGCUAACAUAAAGCGUAUUGAAGAGAGCACUGCAGCCAUGGCUGCUGCUGAUGAUUGGGAACUUACUUACCCUCCUGUUACACGUCAAUCUGGCAGAUCUUCAAGUUCAUCUCUUGGUGCUUCGGCAUAUCAGCAUAAACUUUCUAGUAGUGCCCAUCGGUUCAAUCUGAUGGUUCAGGAUUUCUUUGAGGAUGUAUUUAAUUCAUAUGUUAGCAUGCUUAUAAAAGCAUUACCUGGUUCCAUGGAAGAAGAAGCAAACUAUGAAGAUGAACUUUUACCUCGUGCAGCCAUGAAGCUGACACCAUUGUCUCAGGCUAACUAUAGAGAUGAUCCUCGUAGAAAACCUGUAGAUAGGCAAAACCGUCAUCCUGAGCAGAGAGAAUGGAGAAGGCGUCUUGUUGCUUCAGUAGAUAGGCUAAAGGAUAGCUUUUGUAGACAGCAUGCUUUGGAUCUUAUUUUCACUGAGGAUGGUGAUAGUCAUCUUAAUGCAGACAUGUAUAUAAACAUGGAUGGAAAUGUAGAUGAAAUAGAAUGGUUUCCCUCCCCAAUUUUCCAGUCUUGCUCCUCCGGGAGCUUAGAACCUAGUAAUACAGCUGAGAAGUGU